AUGACGGAAUCCCAGGUCGAUCAGAGAUUUGACUGGGCCCCCGACUGGUUCCCGGCCUGGUUCCCCCGACCAACAGUAUCCGGCGGUGGGUCUAGGGGGUCCGAGGCUCCGCUGCCCUCGGAGACUGAACCUGUCGCAAACCAGCCAUUUACACGCCGUGAGAAGACCGUCAUCGUUAGCCCGAGGCGCGACCGGACGGUGAACCGGAAGCUUCGUGGUAUCCACAUUUUUAUGAUCACUGUCAAUGCCACCCUUGGGACCGGUCUCUACUGGCGUGGCGGCCAAAUUCUCGAGCUCGGGGGCCCCUUGGCUGUUCUGUUUUCUUUUCUUCUGAUUGGCAUCCUUGCAUGGGCCGUCAUGCAAUGCAUCACUGAACUACUUUGUAUAUGGCCCGUCCCUGGUGCCUUGCCCUUGUAUGUGAGCGAGUUUAUCGAUGUUGAACUGGGCAUCGUGGUCGGUGUCGCUUACUGGUUCACUUACUCCGUCUCUUUUGCUGCGCUGAUUGCAACUUCAGCUGCGGAGAUCGACUUCUGGAAAAACGGAGAUACCGUUUUUGAUGGGGUCGUUGUGUAUUUUCUUAUACCAUCUGUUUUGAUUGCGCUCAACGCCCUCGGCAUAGAGUGGUAUGGCGCAAUGGAGGUUGCGUUUGGCACUACGAAGAUUAUACUAUAUCUGAUCAUUGCUGCUGUGCUCAUCGCAAUCAACGUUGGCGAAGAAGACUGGAACGACCUUGGCGCCUACGACAAAGAAGCCGCCCAGAACUGGGCGGUCUGCCUCUUCAUGUCUCUAUCCAUCUCAGCGUUUGCCUACGUCGGUGUCGAGAUUGUAGGGGCCUCAGCUCUCGAGGCACGCUGGCCAGGUAGCAGCUCCGACUCUAAGCCCGAGGACCGCGUUGCUACUGAGCUCUCGCGACGCUCAAAUGAACAGCUUCUCAUUGGGAAGACUGUCAAAUUCUCAGCAUUGUACAUGCCCGUUCUAGCCACUGUCAUCUACGUUGUGGGUGGCGUCCUCGCCGCGUUCGAUAUGCCUCGCGAUGACUGCCGUCUGCCUAGACUUUCGUGGAUUGACUAUUCCUCCAGCUCUGAGAAAUGUUCUAGUCCCUCACCCUCGCACUCGGGUAAUGACACGGCCACAUCCUCUGCCUUCGUUGCCAUUGCCCAGGAGUCCGGGCUACCCGGUCUUGCUAAUGCGUUCAACGUCUUCCUCGUGUUUACAGCGCUAACGUGGCUCUAA